AUGAAAGUGAAUUGCCGACUUCAGGCAUCUUCACCGUUUACUACACUCAAGAAAGACAACAGCACGUUGCCUAUUAACACCAUAUUCAAGCUUCCAGUGCCAGUUCCCAAAUGGCCACCAGGUACAAAUUUUGCAAGUGGAGAAAUUGAUCUAGGAGCAUUACAUGUUUCUCAGAUCACAUCUUUCAAUAAGGUUUGGGCUACCUAUGAAGGGGGGCCAGACAAUCUUGGUGCAACAUUUUAUGAGCCAACUUCAAUCCCGGAAGAAUUUUUCAUGCUCGGUUGUUAUGGCCAACCUAAUAAUCAGACUCUAUAUGGAUGGGUUCUUGUUGCUAAGGAUGCCUCAUUACCUGCGGAUCCACCAGGACUAACUUUACCAAUUGAUUAUACUCUUGUUUGGAGUAGUGAGUCUCAAAAAAUUAAACAAGAUGAUGUUGGCUAUAUUUGGCUUCCAGUUCCACCAGAUGGUUAUACGUCUGUGGGUCAUAUUGUCACAACCUCACCACAGAAGCCCCCCAUUGAUAAAGUGCGUGUUGUUAGGUCAGUAUUAACUGAAAGUGUUGAAACUGACACUUGGAUUUGGGGAGCAAACGAUGGUUUCAAUAUAUAUAGUUUGAGGCCAAUGGAGAGAGGAAUUAAGGCAUUAGGAAUAUCGGUUGGAACAUUCAUUGCUAAAAAAGAUGGGGAGGAAAUGUCAUUGUCUUGUUUAAAAAAUUUGAACUUGAGUUAUCCAAGUAUGCCAAAUUUAGAUCAAGUUCAAGCACUCAUACAAGCUUAUGCUCCUGUGGUGUACUUCCAUCCUGAUGAAAAAUACUUCCCCUCGAGCGUAAGUUGGUUUUUCCAAAAUGGAGCAUUACUGUAUACAAAAGGCCAAGAAUCUAAUCCGGUUCUGAUUGCUCAAGAUGGUUCAAAUCUUCCUCAAAAUGGUUCCAAUGAUGGUAACUAUUGGAUAGAUCUCCCGACAGAUAAAAAUGCUAGUGAUAGUCUCAAGAAAGGUAACUUGCAAUCUGCAGAGUCUUAUAUCCACAUUAAGCCCGCUCUUGGAGGCACAUUUACUGAUAUUGCAGUGUGGAUCUUCUACCCUUUUAAUGUUGGUGAACAUGUUAGUGACUGGGAACACGUGACACUAAGGGUCAAUAAUUUUAAUGGGGAGUUGCAAAGUGUAUAUUAUUCAGCCCAUAGUAAAGGAAUUUGGGUGAGUGCCCCUGAACUUGAGUUUGAGAGCAAUAACAAGCCCAUUGUUUAUGCCUCACUGUACGGGCAUGCAUCAUAUCCUCAUGCAGGAACAUUUAUCCACAAUGUUCCACAACCAGAGAAAAUUAUAAUUGGGGCACGAAAUGAUACCUCAAAGAGCAACUUCAAGAUGGAUACUGCAGCACAAGUUAGCUUGGUUGGAGCUGACUAUUUAGGGGGCUUAGGCAUUGUUGAACAACCGUGGUUGAAUUAUGCAAGAGAAUGGGGUCCAAAAAAGGAACUAGAUCUCGACAAGUUGUUAAAAGGUGUAGACAAAUUCUUACCUGGGAAACUAAAGGACGCGUUUGAGCGUUUUGUACGAAGCCUCCCUCCUGAGUCAUUAGGCGAGGAAGGGCCUACUGGACCGAAGUGGAAAGAUAAUUGGAGCGGGGAUGAGAAAGUUUAA